CCUAAAGUUUGGUCAACUGCGGCCUUUGCAUUCUCUUCGUAUGGUGAUUGAUAGUUCUGCGGCAUCCGCACGUCGGUUCGCAGCUACCGUCGCAGAUCUAGAUCCAUGCUUGUGAACAGACAGGUUCGUGUCAAGUGCAUAAAUACGCAUCAGUCAGGUGCUAUAAAGCUCAAAGAAUUCAACAAUUGCAGACCAGCAGCGCAGAAGUGCUCUUACAGGAACCGCUGCCACGCGAUGACAGUAGAGGCCAGCCAGGCACCCAAAGCCCGUAUUCUAGUCCUCCAUUCCCCCGAUGCGCCAGAGCUAGAAGUCCUCAAGAAGCUACCUGAAGACGCCAAAAUUGUCGGUGUCGGCAGGACGUACGAGGACCUUUCAUCCCUUUCUGAGAGCGACUGGCAGAGCGUCAAUGUGCUGCUGAACUGCGGGGCGCCUGUAAAGAGGAACCUGCAGACGCUCUGGCCGCACCUGCCCAAUCUGGAGUGGCUCCACUCCACAGCAGCGGGUGUCGAGCACAUUCUGUUCCCAGACCUGGUGGAAGGUCCUGUCACCCUCACAAAUGCCAAGGGCAAUUUCAGUCACUCUCUGGCCGAGUACACCUUGACAGCGUGCAAUUGGUUCGCCAAAGACCUCCCCCGGCUUAGAGCUCAGCAGAAGGCCAGGCAAUGGAAGCCCUUUGAUGUGGAGGAGCUCAGGGGAAAGACACUGGGAGUUGUCGGAUACGGUGACAUUGGGCAGGCAGCAGCCAGGAUAGCACGCGCUUUCAAAAUGAACAUCAUUGCGCUUCGGAGGGGAGACCAGCUGUCAGAGCAGGAACGGGACGAAGGCCUUAAGGUGUACAAGCCAGACAGGCUGAAUGAGCUGAUGGCAGACAGUGACUACGUGGUUAUGGCGCUUCCCUACACGCCAAGCACGCACCACUUUGUGAAUGCUGCGGCAAUAAAAUGCAUGCGACCCAAUGGGGUCCUUAUCAAUGUGGGCCGCGGCAAAACCUUGGAAGAGGCAGCCCUCAUCAAAGCGCUGCAGGAGAAGAGGAUAAAGGGUGCAGCCUUGGAUGUGACUGAGGUCGAGCCUUUGCCCGAGGAUAGCCCCCUGUAUGAGUUGGACAAUGUCCUCCUGUCCCCACACUGCGCAGACCGUACUGCAGAGUUCCAGUUUGAGGCGUUGGACCAAUUCUUGGGGAUCCUGGACAAGUACAUCCAGGGGCAGCCGCUGUACAACAUUGUGGACAAGAAGAGCGGAUACUGAGAACUGAUCAAGCUGCCCACUGUUCUGUCACAUCACUGUUCUGUAAAAUCAAAGC